AUGAUCGCCUUCUGGCUCGUUUUGGUAUUACAAUGUCAUCCAGUCAGGGAGUUCUGGGAGCGAACAGGCGCGGGCCGCUGCAUAGACACCAAUUAUGUACUGGAUAUUGCGUACCUAUAUAGUGGGACCGCGUGCCUUUGUGACUUCACCCUUGGAAUUCUCCCCGUAUACCUUUCAAAGAACUUGCACAUGAGCCGGAGAACCAAAUGGGCGAUAGCAGUUAUCCUCAGCAUGGGGUGCAUAUAUCUUCCGGACUAUAAAGAUCCGGACUUCCUGGAUGCUACCACGGGUAUCGCUAUCUCAUCAAAUAUUGAGGCCGGCCUCGGUAUCACUGCUGGAAGCCUAAUCAUGCUUCGCCCACUUAUUCGCUGGCUUGGAUGCAUAAGCCACAGUGUGUCUGACAAAGUGAGGGGAGUAAUAUGUGGUUUCCGCUUGUCUAGCAGUAGCAGAACCCAAAGUCUUCCGUUUAAGCAGAAGCACAGCUCACCAGGGCACGGGCGGUCAGGUAUCGAGUCAGGCAAUGCUCAUGUGGUCUUCUCAUCCAUCGCAGUUCAUGAGGCCCGAUUUGAAGCCGGGGUAAUAUGA